AUGCAGAAAGCUAGACCUCCGCCUCCUCCACCCAAGCCCAAGUCGCUCUCGUCGAACCUUGCGCCCUCCAAGCCCAAUUCACGCAGCGGCAAGCGAGGCCUGGGAUGGCCCUGGGACCAACCCAGCACGCACUUCGCCCUCUACCAACCGCACGCCCGGUCGGGCAAGAUCUCGUGGAUCUUCAAUUGGGAAUGCUGGAUCCCAGACUCGGUGCCGCCCGAGGUGGAAUGGAUCCCCUGCGUCCGCACCGCAGCCAACGCGCGAGACCAACUCGACCCGUUCUUGACCGACAUCAUCCAGAACCGCGGGAUCAAGACGUCGGCGUUGCUGGGGUUCAACGAGCCGGAGAUCCCAGACCAGGCGAAUCUCCCCGCGCACGAGGCGGCCAAGCUCUGGACGGACGUAGUCCUGCCCGUGAAGAGGAAAUUCAACCUCCGCCUGGGCAGUCCCGGCAUGAGCAGCGACGUGUCGCGGAGCAAGCCAUGGUUGAACUCGUUUCUCUCCAGUUUCCCCAACGGGAGUCAUGAGAUCGACUUUUUGGUGGUGCAUUGGUACGGCCCGCAUUUCGCGGACAUGAGGCGCUUCCUGGAGGAUAUGCACGCCACGUACGCUCUGCCAUUGUGGGUGAACGAAUUUGCCUGCUCCAAGAUGGGCAAUGGAGAGGCAAGCGUGGAGGAGGUCGAGACUUUCAUCAGAGAGGCUGUGUCUUGGUUGGAAGCGUGCGACUGGAUCGAGAGGUAUGCGUACUUUGGCAAUAAAGACGUCGGCUCUUGGGUCGGCAGAGCGAGCAAUUUCACUGAAGAAGCUGCCGAAGCGACCAACACAGAUGGAAAACAGCUGACCAGAGUGUCAAGACUCUACUGUGAGCUUUGA